AUGAGCGACUCAAAUUACUGGGUUGUGGACUAUGAUCUCUCCUCCCCUGCCCCGCCCGGGUUUCCCAGGGGCUCGGCGGUGCUGGAGCCCAUGGCGGGGCAUCCUGAGCAGGGAGGGGCCUUCUGUUUUGUCGGCCUCCUCGUGCUGCUGCUGCUCUUUCUCCUUGUUCGCUGCGUCCGCAUCUUAUUGGACCCCUACAGCAGCAUGCCAGCAUCAUCGUGGACGGACCAUAAGGAGGGCCUGGACAGAGGACAGUUUGAUUAUGCACUGGUGUGA